UAACGCCCAGGGAGCACGCAAACUACUAAGCCAACCUAGUCCCCGCUGCUGAAGCGGCGAAAAUGCAUUCAGGCGGGAAGUGAAGGGGUUACACGGGGCUCUUUUCGUUACAAAACGAUGCCCCCCUCGAGCGGGGCCCACCCGCUCGCGCAACAAACAGGUCAAAAAGAUGCGGCGGGAGACCUUGAACGUCACUUCCGCGCUGCACGUGCAGCUUCCGCUUUCCCAAAGCGCGACCCGGCGCACGCAGCUCCCGAUGCGACGUAGGCCGGCUGAGCCGGCGGCGUUUUGACUUCAAGCUACCCUCCACCCGAGCUGGCGCGGCCAGUUCUGGUUCUGGGGUCCUCUCCGCUGUUCCGUGCCCCCUUCCUUCUCCCCGAACCCCCUUUCAUGCGACGUGAGAGGAGAGCGACGAUUCUCAGGCGAGAGAGGGCACUCGUGGAGGGUGGUAACUGAGAGGGCUCGGGCUUGGAGAGGGACAGAAGGAGGAGGGGGAGGGGACUCGUCAUUCUACGUGGAGCAGCUCGACGCCGCGUAGCCCGCCGAUCGGGUGUCGUCCGUUCCGCGUCUGGCUGGUGUGCGUUCGCAAAAAGCCCGCCGCCUCAUCGCGCGCCGAUCGUCGCACAGAUCGCAAGCAGUGAGUGCGUUACGCCGACGGUGCAUCGCCGCCGUGGGACGCAUGAUGGAAUAACGCCACAUCGCGUUCAGUGUCGUCUGCAAUCGACUGGAAGCCGCGCGCGCCGUCUGCUCUUUGUCCCACCGCGCAACUUUUUGUCGUCUUCGUCGCUGGGGGCAAGCGCGCUCUGUGGACUGUCGCUCGGAAAGCCACAAGUAUUCCACUCGCUGACCACCAAGUCCCUCGCAGAGUGAGACACACCCCCCAGCCGCCGCCAUGAUCUUCGGCAUCAUCUUGGGCAUCGUGCUGUUCGUCGUCAUCAGCAUCACACUAAUCGGCCUGUACGUGGCGUUCAAGCGCUUCUGCUCGGACACCAAGGACUACGGCAUGAUCAACGCCAACUCGACCAUCAAGCACGGUCGCCUGUACCCGGUGCUCAACUACAAGGACUGCGACGACGACGGGCCCGGGGGUUCGGGCUCGACCACGCAGUGCCUGGACAACCACGACCUGGACGUGCCCGACAUCAAGGUGCCCGGAAGUCCCGACGCCGACCACCACGAAGACCUGAGCGGCAUGCCGCUGACGGCAGAGAAGGAGCCGGACUACGCGACGCCCGUGAGCCUCACCAAACCGUACGGGCCCCCUACUGCGCCGUUGCAGGACCACCACUCUUCCGAAGCCGCCGCCACCGCCCCCACGUCUUCGACCUGGAAGCCGCCGGAGGAGCACAGCGCCGUAAGCCACGUCAACGAGGGCUUUCACGGAGGUCCAUCCGAGCCUUCCAGUGGUGGUGGCGCUGGGUUCGGAGCCCAUGCUGCGGUUCGCGACUCCGACGAAGACGGGGAGGAGUGAAUCAGAGUUUCGUACGAAAUUCACCAUAGAGGGAGCUCUGGCACUGCGUUUCGUCCGGAUGCCAUGGGAAUAGGUGUUAGUACUUGGAUAUGUCUAAUAUUCGUGCCUGUGGCUUCGAACGUUCCUGUAACGUUAUAUUUAUUGCGCUUUACCUUUCUUGAUUUCCAAAGCACUCGACAUUUUCUAAACACACCAAGGCGUUUUAACACUUCAUACACGCGUAUUUCACUUAUAACGCAAUAUGUUGUUGAAGUUGAUCGAUUUGCAAAGUGACAAAGCCGUUUCAAGCCACAAGGACGAAGCUGAGGCUUAUCUAUCUACUGCCCAUCAUUCCCGCGCUGGCUCAACCGCCAUGCUUGCAGCACCCGUAGACACUAGCGCCAGAGUUUUCUCUAGUGGUUUUUGUAGGAAACUCUAUGGAGUGAACAGUUCAGAAACUCUUGGGAGAGUGUGGGGUGUGGUAUAGUAUACUAUACGUCGUUAAAUUUCGCCGCAUUGUCAAAUUGGCCAUUGCCAGUUCUUAUUGGCUCGCAGGGCUGCUACAGCCUCUCUGACUGGCUCAGAACGCCUCCACUUCAGAAUUUGACAAUAUGGCGGAAUUCGACAGUGCUCAGAAUAACACCGCGGGGCAGCCACGCAGCGUUCCACGGAUAACGUAGUUUUCACGUGAAGUUUCGUUGGCCGCAGGGUUGUUUCUUUGAUUCUGUAGUACCCACAGCUCAAAACAAGAAAGAAAGUUUACGCAAGGCAGUAGUUUGUAGCGAUCCCUUUGCUUUGAUGCUAAUUUCUUCGUACCAUCCGUUGUAACAUCGUUGCGGUGGCUUGCGAUCCAAUGACGGAGAGAGAAGCGAAGGAAAUAAAUCGCCACAAAAGCACCGCACCACCGCAAAGUCGCUACAAAGCCGGUGUCCUGUUUGAAGCACGGCUACGGGUGGCACGGUCAUUCAGUUGAUGACAAGCCUUCGCUUGUUUUCCUGUGACAUCUCUUGCCCGCAAGUGAGUGUUCCGUGGGGACAAUUUGUAGGUGGUCGCGCGCGUGUUACAGGGUCCAACUUAUCUCUCUCUCUCUCUCGGUCGCAUUGGAACAGUGUGGCCUGUUUGAAAAAACUUACUGCGGUCAUUUGGCCUUCUUGCAGCAUGUACAAUCUUAGCCAAGUAAGGUAAAUUGGAGAGCAGUCGUGGACGGUGUAUCAAGAUUUCGCCACGACAUUCAAACUCCUGCACGAGAUAUUCGUGAGAGGCACGCAGACACGAUGUUUGCACUGAACUUCUGCAGGGGUUGUAGUGACGUGCUCAUGAUAACCGUUGAAAGGCGCCACGUGGCAGCAGGCCUCGCGUGCGUGUAUUUUAAUUCACAAUUUACUAUACUACAACACAUAACUUAUCACCACUUUCAUCCGCGAGCAUGUAAAGAAACGCGUGGUAAGUUCAUCUGCUUGAAUGCCAAACUACUGCCACAGUGCCGAUGUAUUUACACUUUACAAUACUUUAUUACAGCGUGUUAUGGCUCUAAUAUUUCCAAGCAGAAAGCUGUCGGUCAGUUCUACUUGUUUCCUACUUGACUUCGAGGUGACUGUAGACGAAUUGAUAUCGCCGUCACGCACGAACAAUAUGAAGCUCGACAACUCCGGCAUUACAGUUACCCUCCUAGAGUUACAAUAGCACUUAACUGUAAUUAACGCGUUAUUGCACUCAUGAACUACAAUUGUUAACGGUUGCUUCCGGAGGUCACUGACAUUUAAGCUGAAGCCUGAUGAGUUUCGGCGUAAUGUACUCACCUGCUAUAUAACUUCGCUAUCGCGUUUACCAAUAAUAAUUGGGCUCGCAAAGCAGAACGGUUAAUGUUCACUUUCGAACCCCCCUGUGUUUUCUACUGGUUUGCGUCCACUUCUGGUCUGUUUGGGCCUUUGUAUCAGUCGACUUUUUUGUUCAAUAAACUGGUGUUAAAAAUUCAACACAAUAAACAACCCGAUGGAUUCUCGGCGCUCAUCCAGCUGUCACAUGGAAGAGGGGGCUGACGUUCAGCCCAAGUGAGCUCCAGCUGGUCCAAUGUCGGGCCAACAUUGGCUCAACGUGUGUAACGUUGGUCACGUUUUCUGUGUUGCUUAGGCGCCUUGUGAGACAUGCGCCAUAUUGUUUUCACGUCGCUUAUGUAUACUGCCUUCUUUCGUUUCGAACUAUCUGAGCAAAGCAAUAAGGAUUGGAAGGGUUUUUCUCUAUACAGAGUGAUUGCGUGCAGGGUCUGUUUGUAUGAUACGCACUUGUCUCUUCUACGCAGAUUACGCAGACUGUACGCAGCGAGCUGACAUAUGAGUACGUUACGCGACUCGCCAUGACAUUGAUGUUAUCAUAUACCUUUUUCACGCUGUUAUCGUCCGUGUGUUCGCAGCGAGUGUUCGCGAUGGCUUCACGAGGGCCUUCGCUAUGACUCUUGGGUGUUUAUCUCACCUCGAAUUGUUGCCAUUCACUCAAACGUCGAACGUUCUUUGACUGCGUCUGUUUGUGUACGGGAACACAAGUGUUGCUGUGUAACUUUGAAUGAUAUACACAACAGGUUCUUUUUACCUUAUAUGCUCUUUCAUAGUUAUUGUCAAGCUGUUCUUACCGCCAGAGUUGUUCUUCACACUGGUUGCGAUAUUCUCAUAAUUUAUUCGCGUGAGGGUGUUCACUUUGAAAGGCUUCGAUGGCAAUGGUGCUGAUCAUCAGUGCACAAUGUUACCGUUUGUUAUCAUAAAGCUUUGUCUCUCUUUGUAUUUUUGUAUCUGUGAUGGAUUUGUAGCCUUAGCGCACGUCUCAUCGCACCAAGAAUGUGUACAUAUCCAAACCUUGUUAUGUCGUUAUGCUUGUCCUCGGGAAAGACAGUGACAUGUUUUCUGUACUCAUUGUGGUUUUUUCCGAUCCUUUCUUUUUCUUAAUAUUCUGCCCCCUCCCCACCCACCCUUCCUUCUUUGGUAACCGUGAUUCCGUGUGUACGCGGAAUGAGGAAAUACAUGAAAAACUAGCCUGCAUACGUAAACUUUUCUAAACAGCGACUCACUGUUCCACUCUCUUUUCUAUGAGUAUUUCAUUGUCCUCGAAUGUACUACAGCGAUUCACUCUUGGUGCACUGCCAUGGCGGCUGGAUUCCGGACUUAGCUGCUUCUUGCAAUCUUAUUUACAAUGCUGCUGUAGCCAUUGUCAGGUUGUUAGAAUGGAAGUUUGCAAGAAACGAACCGGCAACGCGAUGUAAUUGAAUGACAGGAAGCCAGACAACACAAUGCAUAUGCAGGUGGGGUCCCAGCCUACGUUCGCGAAAUACUGUUCCCGUGAAAAUACAAAGAAAGGAGAUAAAGAAAGAAAGUGAAGCAAAAGCCUCAGAAUGCAAAUAGAAAAGUGCACGCAAUCGUGAGCAACAGUUCUCGCAACUUCUUUUCGAAAGCGAUUACAGAAUGUGUGGCCUAGAAUACGACUGACUCUUGCGUAAACCUUCGAUUUUUCGUGCAAAAAAUUAAAUAUUUCCACCAGAGUGAAUGUGGGCGGCAUAGGUACCGGUGAGUAUAAUAGCAGAUGGUCCAUAAAUUUCCAAUUCCGCGUUAUGUUUUUCGACCUCUUUUUGAUCAUCUGAACGCUGCUUGAGCACAGAAACCGUGCUCGAGCAUUUGUGAAAAGGUACAGCUGCAUGAUUCCAGUGCUUGUCGACAUAACCUAACACGUACUAAGCGGCAAACUACUCGUGAACGAUAGGCAACUCCCAUUUCACGGUUAGCACUUGUUAACCCACGUGCGUGCGUCCAAACCAUCUGCUCAGCGCUCUAACAAAACCGUUGCGUAUGAUGCCCCCUCUCUCUCUCUCUUAUGCCAAACAAUGUUUACUUAGCCUGACUAUUUCAUGUGUUACGGCUGUUUCGUUGAUUACGUCUUUCAAAGUAAUGGGCGUGGUUAGUUUUCACGUCCUUAUGCUGUCAGGGCGUGGCAAGAGCAUGUAGCCAACGGUUGCCAGCUUUCAGAGGUGCUUCAUUGCAAUGAUUGCGAUUAAGGCUCUCUUCUAAUUUACUUUAAUAUUUUUCUUUUUCUUUCCUUUAUUUUUUCUUUCUUUUAUUCCUAUUUUGCUUGCCGCCUGAAAGAAAUAGAGCGUACAGCCAGUCGCAUGCUGCCAUUCAGAUUUUUUUCAAGAAUGUCAUCUCCUGAUUCAACGCUAGAGCUUAUACUACAGUCUGCAGAGAUGCUGUAUAAAAGCGCAAUCGGCACGCUUGGUACUGGUAUCGUUAUUUUUUCUCCCCUUAUUCACGUUCUCGACAGAGCAGAUUUAAUUUUUAUCUGAAUAAGGAAGUCUUUCUGUGCGCUGUGCAGUUUGUUUCACGUGCUCUUAAUGUUAAAAUGUGUUACGUGUGCUAUGCGUCUACUUUUUUUCUGUUUUUUUUUUCUGUUUGCUACUGGUUUCUGUCGUGUUAUCAGAGUGUAUGUUGUUACGUUCGUCGCAGCAGUGUCACAUUGGCUUGCACUUGUUUCGGUGAACUGUUCGGGCAUGUGGGGAUAUAUGUCCUGCGGAGAAAAUGGUCUCUCGACUACACACUACAAGCCGCUGCCGCUCGGUAAAGUGAGUUUGUUUUCCGAGCCCCAAGCGGUGGUGUAGAACGAAGAAAUAAAGUUCUUCUUGGGAAUA